AUGCAUAUGAGCCAAAGUUUAUUGUCCACGAUAACUGACCUGGCGUUGAACAAAACAGAUACUGGGAAAAAAGGUCAACGUGCAACAACGAGCUCGCGGAUAAGCGGUGUCGUGCACGACGACCGACGACACGAGUGGGUUGUUCCGCAGCUCCGACGCUACGCUUCUGCCACGCCACAGCGACUGCGAUAUAUAGAACACGACAAGUCUGAACCCGAUAUAGGGUUUAUUUUGUCACUGAACGCACGCGAGUCGGCGUUCUAUUCCGGUACGAGAACACGCAAGCGUUGCAGCGUUCUGGUUCGACGACUUCAAUUCACUUUGGCGUGUGCCUCGGAUGGACGCUCCGAUAAGCCACGUCGGUAUUUCCGUUCGAAGAAAGUGUCUCCAGUGAAUCCCGCUGCAAUACAGCCGCAGACGCCGGGACAUGAAACUGGGUCGUCGCGAAAGAACGCUUUUGCGGCACGAUCGCAGCCCCGUGAUGCACCGCAAGGUGUCUUCGAGACAAUUCGUCGAUGGCUUCAGAAGCACGAACUAGAAUCCAGCAGUCUCUGCAUCCGGCUUCUUGAUGACUAUCGGCACGUUGACGAGUUGCUUCAGUGCUUCUGGAAUGCCGUCGAGGAUGUGGCCGGGGGCUCCUCUGCCGACGUCCUGCUGGCGCUGCCGCCGCUCCCGUCAUCCCUUGCCAGUGCCUUGAUCGGUCACCUUCGAGAGUGCGCUGACGUCGGUGAUGUCUUUGGCUCGCACGUGUUUCUCAACGCGUACGGACCCGAUGAGGGAGCACCUCGGUUCUGUUUGCGGUUACGAAAAGGCUCGUCAGCUGCUGGUGGUGUCGGCGCUACGUCCCAGGAUGAUCCUUUUUGGUCCGAUGACGAGGACGACUUUUUGGACCCGCGUUUCGCCGAACUUUUGCGCGCAUCACGCGAAGAAGAUGCGGGAGAAACGUCACCCGUAGCCGUGGGGCAAGAUGCUGCCCCGACCGGCAUCACGACCAAUGACGACCUCGAUACCAGACAGAAGCUGCAGUCCAGCGAGCUGUCCCUACCGUCGGAUGAAGUGAUUCUAGCAGAGAGCCGCGCUUGGGUCCAGCAUAUGAUCGUCGAUGCUGCUGUAUGUCCUUUCAUGAUGUCCGCCGUGCGUGGUGGCUUACCAGCGGGCCAGGUACGCUAUGCGGUAUCGCACGCGACAACACCUGAGCGAAUCUAUCGUGAGUUUUGGAACGAAGUCGCCCUGCUUCGACGGACCCCUUCGAAGGACGUCUCCACCACGUUGCUGGUACUGCCAGAACUGGUACAGGGCAUAGAAGGCUUUGAUGCCAUUACCACGCCGCUGAGUGCAGCGCUUGAAGCGCUCCAACUCGACGCCUUCAUUCAACUGGUGUUCUUUCAUCCAAAGUAUGCAUUUCGCGACGGUCGGGAUCGCAUCAAUACGCAAGGUUGCACGGGCGGACACGCCGCGAACUACGUGCGCCGCUCACCCUACCCCAUGAUCAAUAUUCUGCGAACAGAGCAAGUACAGCGUGGGCAGCGGGGCAUCCCAACGGAACUCGUUUAUCGACGGAAUGAGUCAUUGAUGCGCACCAUUGGAGCCGAACGACUUGAACAAAUGCUUCAUCGACGAUCUUGGGAGGAGCUUCUCCAACUCGUCCAGGACAAUCGUCCCUAUGCGGAUCUCGAGGAAGCAGUCAAGCGUGUACGCGAUCAGUUUGCGAGUUCCUGA